AACAGUUGAGUAAAAUAUGGCGUCUUGGAGGAAGGCUGUUCAAAUAUGUUGACGUUAAAUUGGAAAUAUUUCCGUUUUAGAUAUUUGUACAGUUAGUAUAGAAUGUCAGAACAAAAAAGAAAUACUUUGACAUCAUUAAGUACAAAUAAGAAGGAGAAGAAAAGCAAGGAAUUGUUAAAGACAGUGCGUUUUACACUUGGAUUGCCCGAAUCAAAUGAAGAGGCAUGUCCUGAGUUCCAUUACGGUGCUCUACUGAAUUCCGCAGAGAGGAAAAGGAAAGCAAAACUUAAGUCAGUUGGCCAAGUAAAUGGAGUCGAUCCACUUGCUGAAGAUGAUGAUGACAGAUUGAAAGAAAUUGCAAGGCAGUUUGAAGAGAAAUAUGGAGUUGGAGGUAAAAAGAAGCAUGGCCGGUACGAAGAUUAUGUUGACCUCGGUGCUGGAUACGAUGAAACUGACCCAUUCAUUGACAACACUGAUGCUUAUGAUGAGGUUGUUCCUGAGGAGAUGACUACAGCACAUGGUGGCUUCUACAUUAACUGUGGUGCUCUCGAGUUUAAAGAAAUAUCUGACCAGUCAGACGCCGAGGAAUUGAAGGAACUGAAAACAAAGAAGCGAUUUAAGCGUGUUUUAACUUUGGCAGAGGAGGAAGACGCAGAAAGGAGAAAAGUUGCAAACAUUGUUCAAAUUAAGAAACCAAAGGUGCAAGUAGGAGAGGAGGAAGAGGAACUUUAUAAGAAGAGAAAAUUAGUGUCUCAUGACCGGGAAAUCCUUAAGAAGAAAAAGAAGCGUGCUAUUGAUGAUUUGGUUAAAAAGAAGUCUGUUACGGUGAAGGAUUUGCUGAGGGAGAAACGGGAGUCUUUGGAGCUGCAGACUGUAUCUGGUGUACAGGUUUCACCAGAACAGAAGAAGCCGGCCGUCUCGAGUCCUGCUGCCGUCGCGAAACCAAGUAACACGUCCAUCACCGACACCAUUGAAUCGGUAGUCAGUGCAGCUCGAGAAGAUGAUACAAGCAAGGACAGUGCAAGUUCCAUCUCAAAGUCAGGUUCACUCAUUACAACAGACUCUGAAGAGAGCCUUGAUGUGGAGGAAAAGGAUAAGAGCUCAGCAAAUGAGGAGGUGAAACUUCCAGAUCAUCUGGAGGAGGAUCUGAAAGAAUUGGUUGUGGCAUUGAAGAGGCGUGCGUCCGAAUCGUCGGCGGAGGGCAAGUGCAAAUUUUUUUCCACAGAGGUCAACAAUAUGCUUUUGAGGUUGGAGCACAAAUGUCGAGUUUUGCCAUGCAGUGCUCGCCAGGCUGUGUAUGGUCAUUUGGCAACUUAUCUUCCUUGCACCAAGGACACCCUCAUCAAGAGGGCCAAGAAACUUCGGAUUAAAGCUGAAGAAGAUAAAAUUCAUGAGCUCAUGAGAAAAUUGAAAACUAUAAUUGAUAGAAUGAUGCCGGCUGUUUUGGAGAAUUAUUCAAAAGAAUGCCAAAGAGUUGCUGAAGAGAACCCACAAAUAUACUGGGAGUUAUAUAGGUACUACUGGGGAAUUGAAGAGUUGCCUUCGUUGAGCAGUGACAGUGAAGUUGGAGAUGGUGAGAACAAAACUGCUGUCCAGAAGUCCAGAGUCCCAAGGAGGAAGUUUCCAUUUACACAUGAAGUCAGGUCACUGCUGUGUGAAGUGGUCCGUAUCAAACUGCAAUGCCUGGAACUUGUUAAACCUCGCAAGGAAUCGGCUGAUUUGAAUUUACGUAACUUUCUGGAGAUGGAAGUGAAGCCUCUUUGGCAUCCUGGCUGGAUGAAGGUGUCCACCCUUCUGCGGGAGAGCAGGGAAGCCCAUGUCACUGCAGUCACGAAACAGAAGAAGUCUGCACCAGUUAAGAAACUUACAGCAGUGCCACCAUUGUACCAUGGGCCUGUAACUAACGCUCUAGUUCAAUCUAUCACUGCCUUUUCACAAACUUCUACUGCCAGCAGCAAUGCAAGAAUGAAGACAUCUCAGCCUGUAUCGAUCACGAUGACACCGGUGCCCGUAACUUCUGGCACUGGCAGUUCUACCUCUCAGAUACAAAAUACUGCCAAAAUGAAAUCUGUUGUCACUUCAGAAGUGAGUUCAGUGUUCCCUCAUGGUGUUUCAGCAAACGUUACAAUGAGGACUAAGUGCUCAACCCCUUCAUCACAGAUUUCUAAUUCUCAAGUACAUGUCGUCUGCUCCAGUUUGUCGGUGCCGUCGUCCGUUUCUCCUAGUUACAUUGCUAGCAGUGUUCGAAAUUCUCCCACUAGUACAAACUCUACUAAACUGUCAAGUUUGCAGGUGGUAACAUCACAUUCGGUUCCUAACAGGAAGAAAAGUGGCGGUGAUGUUACAAUAGCCAAGGUCCCAAACUUGUCAGGGAAGAGCAGUCCUAGUUUUCAGUCAGAGAAACAACUGAACUUGUCAGGUGUUAAGCAGAAACUAGCUGUUGAGAGAAUAUCCCCCAAAACGCUUGAUUUAUCAUCUUCCAAUGUAAGUAGAUCUGUCACAGUUAGCAGCAUCUCCAGUAGUACAAGUAAGGCUAAAAGUAGUCCUGUUGAGUCGAUUACUACAUCGGGUAACAUUCAGAAACCGGUGGCAGUGACUUCAUUACCAUUAAUGAACAUUCCUGAUUGCAUUAGUGUCACGCCUUCCUUGCCAUCGUCGUCUCAGUCUUCGGUAACUACGACCGUGUCGUCACCAAUCACCACAAAAUCCAUCAUGAAUCUGAAGCAACGAAUACUUCACGACACAAGUUUGGACCAGCCUAGUACCAUCACCAAAGUGAGUUCCAUGUCCGCAGUAAUGAAGGCGGAUGAUGAUGGGAUAGAAGUGAUCGAAAUCGUUAAAGAUGCACGCAAGAUGGAAGGCCCAAAGGCGGCUAUUAAACCGGUGGGGAAGAGUGAGAAUGUGACACAGCCAAGAAGUGAAUUCAAGAAAAAGAAGAAGGAAAUUUCAAAGGACCAUGUACCCCCUGUUACUUCCACCGCAAGUUCACCCCUAGAACAGUCUGCUUCGAUCGUCCCACCAGCGGCUUCG